GAGUCUUAGGCGGAAACUGUGCGUAUCAAUGACGACAUUUAAACCUAUCGAUAACUGCAUGUUUGCUUGUAACUACACAGUCCAAGCUGUAGAUGUCCUCCUAAUCCAUAUAUUCAAUAUAACAGCUUCAUACAUUUACCACAGAAGAAAAUAACCAGGAAGUAUCACAGAGGGUUUGCUUCUGUUCUCCUGUGAGGUUUUUAUGGAUCUACAAACAGGAUGGAGAAGGUGGUGAACUGUUUUAAGAAGAGGCCAGAUGCUGUGAGCAGGCUGAUAUGCUUCUCCUGGGCAGGUGGAGGGUCCAUACACUAUGCACGCUGGGGAAACAUCCUGAACAGCUCCAUAGAGGUGCUCGCUGUCAAACUUCCCGGCAGAGAGAGUCGAGCCAAAGAGCCGUUUUUCCAGAACAUGCAGCAGAUUGUUGACGAGGUCAUCAGCGCCUUGUUACCAGUGCUGAAAGAGAAGCCAUUUGCUCUGUUUGGCCACAGUUUUGGUGCCUUCACAAGUUUCGCUGUGGCAGACGCUCUGAAGAGACUGCACAACAUCGAACCAGUUCACAUCUUCCUGUCCGGUGCCUCUGCGCCUUAUUCAGAGAUUCGCAUCAAAGCCCCAAAGAGAAGCGACUUGUCUGACGAGGAUUUUCUCGCGUGGUUGACUUCGAAUGGAGGAACUCCUCCUGAGCUGUUGGCAAAGCCUGAAGUACUAAAACUCUUUCUUCCCGCCCUGAAGGCCGACCUGCACGUAGUGGAAAACUACAGGUGCAGCAAGCCGGACAAACCCUUCCUCUCCUGCCCGGUCACCUGUUUUGACGGGAAGGACGACGUUCCUCAUGACUUACAAGCUUGGAAAGAAACGACAUCAGGAGAUUUCAGCGUCAGGAUGUUCGAUGGAUCUCAUUUUUACCUGAAGGAUUCUGACAAUGAGAAGCUUUUAUUGGAUAGCAUCACAAGACACCUGGAAACCUCGGAUAUGGAUUAUUUAUAAAGGAAUAUGUGCUCUAACGCAAUUUUUGAUUUAAAGCUCCAAUGAGGAGCUUAAAGCUAGAGAGGAACUACUGACGCUUCUGUUUGACCCACAAAAGCAAACGAGACCAAGAGAGAAGGUUUGAUUAUUUCAAUGAAGUUAUUUUAUAUGCCCAUAUUACCCCUGCUGCGGGAUGGGUGUCAGAUGAGAUGAGCUGAAGAAACAGCCCUUUAAAAAAAUACCACACAAUAGAUACAUUGAGAGUUGCACGUAAGACAUUUGAAAUAAAGUAGAGUAUGUUUUUUUUCAAUCGGAAAACAUGACUAACACGUACAGGAAGAGAUGAGCAAAGACAUUUGUCCACAGGAGGGCGUCAGAAGCUUCAAGGCCCCUUCCUCCUUUCUCUGUAACUACACUGUUUGUUCCAUGUGGAGCGCUUUGGUCAGCUGUUGCUGUUUUUAAAUGUGCUCAGUGAUUUUUCUUCCCCCCCUAAACUCAGCAAUUGGUGUUGGCUUUAAAAAUAAAAACUCCAUGUGCACAGAGUUUGAAUACCCACGGCUCCAAAACACUUUAAGUCAGUCAGUUAUUUUCCAAACUAAAUUAAAUUCAUUAAACUUCAUGCCUGUUGAUGGAAAUGUCCAAACAAUACCAGACUUCAUUUUUUAAUAAAUACAAUUUCAACUUUAUUGUACACUUGAUAUUUUUACAAAGGUCUUAUGCUUCAAGUUUCAAAUUCAACAGUAGGUUCUGUUCAGUGACAAAUAAUAAACACCUAAAACUGUUAUAUUCAGUACAGAAGCCCUUUGCAGAUAUAUAUCCAUA